GCUUCACCUUUUCACAAAAAGCUUUCAAUUCCAAGAAAUUAACCAAGCCGGCCACCAUCAACCGUAAGCUUUGGUCCAUCUCAACCACGCCAUCAUGACUGAGAAGAAAGAGGCUCCUGCCAUAAUCAAAAACGACUUUCAUCGAAAACUCUACCUCCAUGGCGCAUACAUUUUUGGUGCACUAGUCGUCGCAAUCCUCUUCAUAGUCUUUCUCAUUUACCUAGUCCUCAAGCCCACAAAGCCACAAUUUACUCUUCAAGACAUUACUUUAAACGCCUUCAACGUCACAAGUGCCACAACCCUAACAUCCAACUUUCAAGUCACCCUAUCCUCUCGAAACCCUAAUGCACGUGUUGGAAUCUACUAUGACAAAAUCGACAUUUAUGCCUCUUAUCGUCGCCAACAAAUCACACUACCAACAAUGCUUCCCGCGUCCUACCAAGGACACAAAGACGUGACAAUUUGGUCUCCUUAUCUUUUUGGCAAUGAUGUUCCUAUGGCACCAGACCUCGCUGUCUCACUAAACGAAGAUGAGACAGCCGGGACAGUGCCAAUCAAUAUUAAAGCUAUUGGGAGAGUGAGAUUUAAAGUGGGGACAUACAUUUCUCCUAGGUACAUGAUGAAUGUCAAUUGUCCGACAUAUAUUACGUUUGGGAGUAAUAACAAUGGUGGUUAUGCCAUUAAUCCCGCCGUUAAGUAUGCGCUGGAUGUAGGGUGUACUGUAGAAGUUUAAAGUUAAGUUUUUAACGGCAUCGUUAAUUAGUUUCCGUCAUGCAAUUUUUUUUUUUUAGGUUUGUAGUUUUGUGGUAAAAGUAUGGAUUGGAUAUCAAUAUUGAAGAUAUGUUGGUUGAGUUUCUAUUUUUAUGUUCACAUUCGAAUU